CAUCAUUCAGCCUACUCUUCCAUUACUCUCUUCCCCGCGGAUGUAUAUGUCUGUUAUCUUGCAACCAUCUUCCUAUCUAGAAAAAGAAAAAAAGCUUUAUUGUCAUCAUGGAGGGAGUGGAAUUAGACAUUGUGAUUGUGGGAGGUGGAAUAGCUGGCCUUACAACAUCCUUGGGACUUCACAGGCUGGGAAUUCGAAGCUUAGUAUUGGAAUCCUCGGAUAAAAUGAGAAACACAGGAUUUCCCAUUACAGCAUAUACAAAUGCUUGGAAAGCCUUAGAUGCUGUUGGCAUUGGCGACUCCAUUCGACAACAUCAUCAACGGCUUCAAGGGAAUGUGAUUACAUCUACAAUCACAGGUCUUCAAACGUCAAAGGCGACAUUUGCAAAAAUCAAAGGAAAACAUGGAGGCCACGAAAUUCGUUGUGUUCAAAGGCAGCUGUUGUUGGAAACCCUCGCAAAGGAGCUCCCAAGUGGCACCGUCAGGUAUUCUUCCAAGGUGGUUUCUAUAGAGGAAUCAGGCUUCUAUAAGCUUGUUCAUCUUGCUGACGGAACCAUUCUCAAAACCAAGGUAUUGAUUGGUUGUGAUGGAGUGAACUCAGUGGUGGCAAAGUGGCUUCAAUUCAAGAAACCGGCUUUCUCUAGGAGAUCUGCCAUAAGGGGCUGUGUGGAUUUCAAGAGCGGGCAUAGUUUUGGGGACAGGUUCAUGCUGUUCUUUGGGAAACGUUUUCGAUCGGGUUUUCUUCCUUGUGAUGGUAACACCGUCUAUUGGUUCUUGUCAUGGACUCACUCCAGCCAAGAGAAUGCAGAUAAAGAGAGAGAGAUGGGAGAUGACCCAGCUAAAAUGAAGCAAUUUGUGUUGCACAAGCUAGGAAAAAUUCCUGAUCAAGUAAGGGCUGUUAUUGAAAACAAUGAACUGGAUCGUAUCAUAUUAUCCCCAUUAAGGUACAGACAUCCCUGGGAGCUUGUAUGGGGAAAUAUCAGCAAAGGAAAUGUAUGUGUGGCCGGUGAUGCAUUCCAUCCCAUGACCCCAGAAAUUGGCCAAGGUGGUUGUGCUGCCUUGGAAGAUGGUGUUGUUUUGGCCAGGUGUCUUGGUGAGGCUCUACUGAAAGAGCCAAAUAGGGCAACAAAAGACAGAGCUGAAAGAGAAAGAGAGGAGUACAAGAAGAUUGAGGCUGGCUUGAAAAAGUAUGCUGAAGAGAGGAAGUGGAGAAGCAUUCAGCUCGUUACUACAGCUUAUAUGGUUGGUUAUAUCCAGCAGGGCUAUGGACUGUUUGUGGACUUCUUAAGGGAUAAAAUAUUGGCUUCAUACAUUCCUGGGAUGGUGAUGAAGAUGGCUGAUUUUGAUUGCGGGAAGCUUAAUUAAUUAGCACUUCCUAAUUGCAUCUGUAUGCAUAUGCUUUGUAUAAUUGCAGCUGCAAGAUACCAAGUCCUCUUUGUUUCUCCCUUGUAGCAAAAAUUUAUUAUUUCUCUUUACCUUAAAAUUUCAUGAUAAAAUCAUUUAUUUUUUAGAA